AUGUCUGGCAGACCCUCAGAUAGGCCCAGAGGUAGCCGAGGAGGCAGCGGUGGACGUGGUGGACGAGGCGGAGGGACAGGUGGUCGGAACCAAGCUUUGACUGCUGGCCAGCGUAAUACUCGCAUCAAUGUCCUUCGCAGCAGACUGCAACCCCAUACCACGGACGAGAACCUCCUCACAGCCUAUCUGGCAGCGAAUCAGUGGCGCAUCGAUGCAGCGUCCACACAGAUCCUCCAGGACCACAACCAGGUCGAGGGCGAACGCCUGGCUAUCCCUAACAACCCGCCACUAGGCUCGAAUGCCCAAGCAGAUACCAGCACCUUUCAGCAGACUGUUGCCCCCGUUGCUCAGCCUACACAGGCUCCUCCAUCUACCCAGCCUGCUGCUGCCACAACCUGGAACGCUGUCAUCACUCAGGCCGCCAAAACACUGAUCGACAUCCUUCGGCAAGCCAACAUACCAUCAACUAGCCACCUUGAGUCGGAGAGACGUGAUACGGCACGCCUCUUCCGCGACAGACUUGCCCAGAGGUACCUGAUCAAUGCUGGCGAUCUGGUUGCAAUGGAAGAAAUCCUCCUCCUACACCUUGCUGGUUGGGACAUUGGCACCGCCAUCGCCAAAUUCCAAACCCUCCGACACUCUCUGUGCACACUGCACGCGCACUUCGACCAUUUGCGAUCCAAGUUGACCGAGGAAGUCUACAGCCAAGACAGAGCCUCUCAGGAGCAGAAGGACGAGCGACUGACACUACUCCUAACCAUUACCGGCCGCAGCGAUUGGUUCUCUAUCCGAGAAUACCUCAAGCUCCGAGAAUGGGACCUGCCACUUGCACUCGGCAACUGGUAG